AUGUUUAGGUUGUGGAAAUGGUACCAGAAUUCCUUAGCUGUUCAUCCAAUUAAGACGCAGGUCAUCAGCUCUGGUUUGAUUUGGGGGUUUGGUGAUAUAGCUGCCCAGACCAUCACUCACUCCACGGCCAAGGCCCAACGUCAAAUUCAAACUCAGGGUGAAGAUGAAGAUGAAGAGUUAAAGAUCAAUUGGAGAAGAGUGUGUACAACCAGCUUGUUUGGAUUUGGGUUUGUUGGGCCCGUUGGUCACCUCUGGUAUGAGGGUUUGGACCGAUAUAUAAGGUCAAGGCUUCUUCUGCAACCAAAUUCAUUUCGUUUUGUUGCUUCUAAAGUUGCAAUUGAUGGGUUUCUUUUUGGGCCAUUGGAUUUACUUGUGUUUUUCACCUACAUGGGGUUUUCUGCUGGAAAGAGCGUUCCUCAAAUCAAGGAAGAUGUGAAAAGGGAUUUUCUUCCAGCCUUUGUUCUGGAAGGAGGGAUAUGGCCGAUUGUGCAAGUAGUGAAUUUCCGGUUUAUACCUGUGAGGUAUCAGCUCCUCUAUGUCAACUUCUUCUGCUUGUUAGAUAGCAGUUUUUUGUCAUGGCUUGAGCAACAAGAAGAUGCUCCAUGGAAGCAAUGGUUGAAAUCUUUAGUAUAUUUUAACAAACAAAAAGAUGAAGGUGGGUGA